AUGGAACAGAAUGACACCAUUGCCCAUAAAAUAUGGAAUGGCUCACUUUAUAUUACAUUUCGUGUGCCAGACAGUGACCUCCUGAUCGAUAGUUCCAACACACCGCCGCCUUUUUACCUUCAAGUACCUCGAAUUACGUAUUUUCCUCUUGUUAUGGAAAAGGUUAUUCGAUCUCUCCGAAGUUUUAUAAAAUCUGGUUUGGAAGACAGUGAUGAAAUCUACAAACAAUAUUGGCUUUCUCACAAUGGAAUCCCACUAAAAUGGCAUUAUCCUGUUGGUGUGCUAUUCGAUCUCUAUAGUUCUUCCAGUAAGCUUCCCUGGGAAAUUGCCAUUAAUUUUAAGGAUUAUCCUAGUGAUCUCUUGCUCGCUCCUCCUGUAAACCGUGCUUCUGUCGAAGCCUUCUUUGUGGCCACAUUAAAGGAGGCUGAUCAGUUAAAGCAUAGUGGACGUGGCGGUUCCGGUCCUGUCUUCGAUGACAUCCAGAGUGAAGAGAAAAAACAACUCCUAACUGGAUUCACGCAGCAUAGUUUCGAUCUCUUCUGGUCAAUUAAUAAACGCUUUAUGCAAGGAGCUCCUAUUCAAUAUAAAGCAGUUGCAUCUGAUAAUGCAAAUACUCUCAAAGACGGUGAUAAGGAGGAUAGACAAUGCACUCAAAUUGUUACCGAGGAUGCAGCAGCGCUAAUGACUUCAAUUGGUGCUAUGAAGGCUUUCCGUCAUUGCCCAAUCCGUCUCUACUUCUCCCCUCUCAAUCUCAACACUGUCUCUCCCACAAAAGGAUUCAUACAGACUCUAAUUCCCCCCUUCAACGAAUCAGACAGAACUCCGGCUACAUUUUCUGAUGUUAUAAAUACUCUAUUUGAUCGCAUUCGGGCGAAGAACUUCCAUCCUGAAGAAUUUGUCUUCAAAGUUCAUGGCGUGGAGAUUCCACCAGAAACACCAGCUCAAUGGAUGUGUGAAUGGAUGGCUUAUCCGGAUAAUUUUGUGCAUAUAGUUGCUCGUAAACGCGAAGAUAAUGCAUCUUGA